AUAGAAAUUCUUAAAAAAUGAAAAUGGAAGAUGAAAUUAGAUUUGUACGAAAUAAUAUUUUUCGGACGGAUGAAAUGUUAGCCGCUGAAAACAAGAUUUUAGGAGAGUUUUCUCCCGAAGUCUCUGAGGAAGUUCUAGACUACCAUAAAUCCCUUCCUGGAUAUUCAGUGACCCCUCUAAUUAAUCUGGCCAACUUGGCUCGCCGGAUUGGGGUAGACAGCAUUAUGGUUAAAGAUGAGUCAAAACGGUUCCAACUGAAUGCAUUCAAGGUUCUAGGAUCAAGUUUUGCUCUUGCAAAAUACAUUCUUGGAGAUUCAGAGACUAUCAGGUACCAGGAUGCAGUGGAGAAGGGUUGUAACAUCUCUACCCUGGUGUCUGCAACGGAUGGAAACCAUGGAUACAGUUUGGCUCAUGUAGCAAACUUGUAUCAGCUCAGUUCAAAGAUCUUCAUGCCGAAAGGUACAGUGCCUGAAAGGGCAGAAAGGAUUAGGCGAUUACGAGCUGAUGUUGAGGUCACCGAAUAUAACUAUGAUCAGUGUGUUGAGAUAGCUAAACUGUUUGCAGAAAGCAAUGGAGGUCUGUUUGUACAAGACACUGCAUUGGAGUCUGAUACAGAGAUGGAAAAAAGAAUUCCCCUGUCCAUCAUGCAAGGAUACACUACAAUCCUUCAGGAGAUAAUAAACUCGUGUCCGGACUAUUCUCCAUCUCAUAUAUUUCUGCAGUGUGGGGUAGGAUCAUUUGCUGGGGCGCUGGCAGCAUAUAUUUCAAACAAUGAAAGACUUCACUCAAAGAUAGUUUGUGUAGAGCCAAAUAAGGCAGAUUGCUUCUUUCUUUCAGCACAGAAGAAGGAUGGUUUUCCUAGCAGUGUGUUGGGGGACAUGGAUUCAAUUAUGGCAGGUCUCUGCUGUGGGGUUCCUAGCGUUCAAGCUUGGCCUAUACUCAGGAGAUCUGCUUCUUGGUUUGUAUCCUGUUCCGAUUCUGUCACUAGGAGGGGAAUGCGCAUCUUUGCCAACCCUUUACCUGGAGAUACUAGGAUAGUUUCAGGUGAAUCUGGUGCAGUGACCAUGGGACUCCUUUACACCAUUUUAACAGACAAAAAAUAUGAAAAUAUAAAAACUGAACUCGGGUUGGAUAUCAAUUCUAGAGUUCUUCUGAUUUCCACAGAGGGAGACACUGAUCCGUUUGGGUUUCAUGCUAAUAUAUGGGAGUAGAAGUCGAUAAAACACACUAUGGAAAAGUGCCUCAAAAAUCCUAAGACUAUUUGUUUUCAAAAAUUAAAUUUUCUCAUAUCAUAAAUUACAGAUUAUAACAAAUACAGUUGUAAACUUUU